GGGAACUCUCAGGAGCAGCCACCUGCCAAAGGUAAGUUAUCCAGAAUCAACAAGAAAUGAAGCAUCAAGAUCCAAGAAAGUCUAUCUCAGACUUUCAAUAAAGAAGAAAUCAAUAUCCAAGCAGUGAGCACAGCAGGUGACUGAAUUUCAGUAGCACUAGGCUCAGCAGGUGCCUAAUAAAGAAGCCCACUGCUACAACUUCUUGAUACUUACAAUAACUCGGCAGGGUAACUACCAAACGAGCCCACAGGAUGAUUGAGCUACAAAGAAAUGAUUCCUGAAAUACUAUUUAUUCUUCCAAGAGUAUUCUAUGCUUCACUUGCAAACUAGUUAACUCCAAUUGACAAACUCUAGAAACCAGAUGACUUGACUAACUCUGAGGAUCAGGUGGGAUUUGUUCAAUAAAAACAAAACAAUAUGGCAGAGACUGGUCAACGUUCUGGAUAACAGAAGGAGAUGUCCAAAAGUAGAAUUAGCUAUGAUUCACCAGAAACUCUAGAAAGAAGAAAAGGAGUGAGAAUUCGAACAAAUCGCUCAGCAGUUGACUUCAUCCUAGCAAGCAGUGGGCUCAGCAGGCGACUGGCUACUAGCCCACUGCUACCUGUAUAAAGGGAGGAAUUGGAUAUAUAUACUUUUUCAAAAAGGAGGGAAAGGACUAGAAAGAGAAGGAAAGCAAACGGAGGUAAAGACACUGGUUCAAAAAUUCGCGCAGGUGCCUGCCAGCAGGUGACUGCUUCAGGAGCAGAGCACUGAUUCAGGCCAGCAGUUGGCUCGAUUUCUGAAAAAUGUACAUGGAAUCUCAACAAGUGACAUACAUCAUCUUGAUCCCCUAAUAUCAAGGAUUCCAACAAGGUACCUCUUGUUCUCAGAAAUCAUCAAAAAUCUACUGAAAAAUGAGCCCCCUGCUACCAGUGUGAACACAGUUAAUGCUGAAAAGACCAGCUGUAUUCUCCAACGGCUAUAUUCUAACGGCUAGUUCCCGAUAGCCUAUAAAUACUCCCUCUGUACAAACCCUUCACACUUUCACUUUGCAAUCUCUUUCUUAUCAAUUCUAAACCUCUCAACUCUCUCUUAAUACUCUCAAAAGCCUUCUUCCGCACUACCUUUAAUUCCUCACAUACACACAAUCUACAUACACAAAUGGCUUCGCACAUCCAAAUCUCCAAAUCUAUCUUCACUGGCUCCAUAUUAAACACCCCAAAAAUCAUUGAAAGAGCCGAGAACCCUGAUCUUAUGAGAGCACUACCCAGAAAGCUAGAAUCAACAGGGCUUAUGAAAAUGGCCACCUACCCAUACCCCUGUUUCUACCCAGAAGUGGUGGCCGAAUACUACCUCAACUCUCAACAAGGGACUCUUAAAUCGGUCAUCAAGGGAAGGCCAGUUGAAAUUAAAGAAGAGGACAUCAGAACACUGCUCUCCCUACAUGCAGAUGAGGCCCCAAUGGUGGAAGAACUCAAUUUCGAUGAACAAAGCUACAAGGAAAUUGUAUUCAUUCCAAGCGCUCAUAACACCAAAACCCUCAAGGUCAAGAAGAAAAUGAUGGUUCCUGAGUACUCCCUCCUACUUGACAUCCUAUAUAAAUGCAUCAACACCAAAAGCACUGCUUUAGAUGAGAUCAAUGCAAAAAGGGCAGUACCAUUAGCCACAAUCAUCUCAGGCAUCCCUCACAACUGGACCAGGUACGUCCACAACCAACUUCAAGAGUACGUUAACAAAUCUCACGAAAAAAGAAGAAAAGACCACACCUUCCCAUGGGUAGGGUACAGUUUUUUGAUUGGAGAAAUCCUAAAAAGAAAGGGAGUUUUAGGAACCACUAAAGAACCCACCACCUGGAGGAAAUUUCUUCAUCAGACCUCCAAGGCAGGGGCCCCAGAAAUCAAAAAGCAGGAUGAUACUCUCAAAUCUCAUGAGUCCCUCCAAACUGAGUUCACCCGAAUCAAAACCAAGCUGGCAAAAAGACCAAGAUCAGGCUGUGCUGAAAUCCAAUCAAAGAGAUCAAAACCAGCAACAAGAAAUCUCCAAUAAGAAUUCGAAGAGGCAGCGUCAUCUUUACAAAUGGUUCAAGGAGAAGUAGCCACUCCUCUUCAACUUAUUCAGGAAGGAGCAGAGCCCUCUUCUAACUCUUCAAAUGGAAGCAACAGCUCUGCUCUUCCCCUUUCCAUACUUAUCCCCAGGAUAACUCAACUAGGAGAGCAGGUGGAUCCCCUUGAACAAGAGCAGAUGGCUCCUCUAGAAACAGAGCAUGCCCUUCCUUUCAGCGAGCAGAUGGCUCCUCUAGACGAGCAGGUUCCUCAAUCACCAGCAAUGGCCUCACCUGUCCUGACUCCUCUAGAGCAAUUAGAUGCAGAAUUUGCCAGAGUCAAGGCAUGGAGAUCAUGGAAGCUCUCAAGAAUCCUCCAUCAAGUUGAAACCAUAGCACACUUAAUCGACGAAGAAGAGUUUGUGGUGGAGUGGCUUGGGACUGAUGACAUGGCAGAAGCAACAAGGCUACUAAAAAUCAACCAGGUCUAUACAAUCAAAAGGAAGCAGCUCACUGCCAAGGAUGCAAUUGAAGAUUCAAGUGAUGAUGAUCUGGAUAAUGAUGACGAUAAUGCUGACGAUGCACCAAAGGGACCUCCUAGUUCAAGAGGUAAGAAAAUCAUCCAUUCCUCCUCUUCAAGUGAUAAAGAACUCAGGCAAGCCCUUGAGAAAUCCAGAAUGGAGACCCAAGGAGGAGGAGAAUCCUCUAAAGCUCCCCAAAAGCUGCUAGUUGCCACUAGGGCUGCACAGAAAUUCCCCGAACCCGCAAAACCCGGCCGCUCCGACCCUACCCGGCCGACUUUAGUCGGUUAUUGGGCCCAUAAAAAAUGUUGUGGGUUUAUUUUUUAAAAACCCGUACAUUUGGGUAGGGUUGCGGGAUUCCCAUGAAAAACCCGAUAACCCCCCGACCCGGCCGCCUAAAUUAACUUCCGUACAUGUGCCUCUAUUCCUCUAACUCUCUAAGCCCCUAAGUCCGAAUUUCAGAAUAUGUAGAGGCGGCCCGGAUUUUUUGUUCUCUGGCAACUUUCCGAUUCCCACCUCUUCGAUGCUCUCAAACUUUAAUUUGCUUCGACCCUUCGAUUCUCAAAAUAUGAGAGCUUCAAUCUUCGUAAUAGGCUCAGGAUGUUUUACCUAUUUAUAUGCAUCCAACAGCCCUAAGCCCCUAGUUCGAUUUUCAUCCUUUCUCUGGCAGUCAAGACUCAAGAACUCAGGAUCCUUCAAGAAGAGUUGAUCAGUGAGCUACGAAAAGAGGUAUGCACCCAGUACCCACCCAUAUGCUUCGUGAAUCCGACACUUAGUUGGUUUACAAUUUUAUUCUUUUCUUAAUUAUUAUUUAUUUCAUAUAAUUCAGGAAUUUCUUUCAUUAUUUUUGUGUAGAUGGAUUCACUUGAUGUGUCUGAUUCAGUUAAUUUAAGCUUAGAAACAAUAGACACACCCAGCCCUGCAAAUCUCACCCCCUCUGAGAAUCAAACCCCCCCUCCCGUUCGAGUCAGUGAUGUUGAGGUAGAAAAAGGAUCUUCAGGGAAAAAAAAUGUUACCUUUGGAGUCAUUUUACUCUCAUUCCGGGGAGGGAUCCAGAAGACCCUAAGUGCUCUUGCAACUAUUGUGGAGCAGAAUACAAAUGUCACAGUAGGAAGCAUGGUACUAGUAGCAUGAAAGUUCAUUUUUAGCAUCAAUGUAAAAAAAAUCCACACAAAGUCCAGGAUAAGAAACAAAAAUGCUUGAGCUUUGACAUAGCUGGAAAUGGUGGUCUGACUGCUGUAGGAUUCAAUAAAGAUAAUUGCAGACUAGCUUUAGCAAAAAUGAUUGUCAUGGAUGAAUUGUCUUUUAGAUUUGUUGAGGGUGAAGGAUUUAUGAAGUUCUGUCAAGUAAUGCAGCCUAGAUUUGUUAUCCCUUCUCGUAUGACUCUUGCUAGGGAUGUAUAUAAGCUAUUUUCUGAUGAAAAGAAAAAACUCCAGGCUGAGCUAAAGAAGCAAAACCAGAGAGUAUGCUUGACCACAGAUUGUUGGACCUCUUUGCAAAAUAUAAACUAUAUGUGCUUAACUGCUCACUACAUUGAUGUUGAAUGGAAUUUGUGUAAAAAAGUUUUAAACUUUUGUCAAAUUUCUAGUCAUAAGGGGGAGUUAGUUGGUAAGGUCAUUGAAUCUUGUUUGCAUGAUUGGGGCAUUGAUAGAGUUUUAAUAAUUACAGUUGAUAAUGCCUCUUCUAAUGACACUAUGAUUGCAUUCUUGAAAAGAAAAUUGAAUGGCUGGAAAGGUUCUGUUUUGGGAGGGGAGUUUAUGCAUAUUAGGUGUUGUGCUCACAUCAUUAACCUAAUUGUGAGUGAGGGAUUAAAAGACCUUCAUGAUUCGAUUUCUGCAAUUCGUAAUGCGGUGAGGUUUAUCCGAAGUUCUCCAGCUAGACUUUCAAAAUUUAAAGCAUGUGCUGAGAGGGAAAAAAUUGAGUUCAAUGGGCUGUUAGUGUUAGAUGUACCCACUAGGUGGAACUCUACAUACCUAAUGUUGGAAUCAGCCAUUAAAUUUCAAAAUGCAUUUGAGAGGUAUGAAGAUGAAGAUGACAAGUAUUUGUCUUAUUUUGGUGAGGAGGAAGGUGGGAAAAAAAAAGAAAGGCCCUCCAACUUACACUGAUUGGGAGAAUGCAGCAGUAUUUGUCAAGUUUCUGAAAGGGUUUUAUAACACUACAUUGAAGUUUAGUGCAACCUUAAAUAUCACAUCAAAUGCCUACUUCCAUGAGCUAUGUGAAAUGCAAAGUCAGGUAUAUACUUUCAUAUUAUGCAUUUUUUACUUCUUUUUAUCUACUUCUCAAGUUUUAUAUGAUAAUAAUGAAAAUACUCUUUGUUUUCUGAUUUGUCAGCUCACAUACUUAAGCAAUCAUAAGGGCUCUCUACUUUCCAAGAUGGCUGCUAGCAUGAAGAAAAAAUAUGAUAAGUAUUGGGGGGAUAUUAAUAAUGUUAAUUGUAUUCUGUUGGUGGCGCCAGUACUUGAUCCUAGGUUUAAAGUGGAAUACUUGACUCACUGCUUUAGCUACCUUUUUGAUCAAGGAUCUCCCGUUCAUGAAAUCUUCCCUAAAAAGGUGAAAGAUACGUUGUAUCGUUUAUUUGAGUUCUAUAGUGGUUUCGGGUCGGAAAAUGGGGUAAAAGAUAGCAACCAUGGUGAAGGAAUUGCAGGUAUGAGUGCUGAUGAUAGUCUGGAAGGGAGAAACUAUCUAUGGGGCUCUUUUUCUCAAAAGAUGAAGCAGAAGAAUGAAAAUGAUUUCAAGAAUGAGAUUGAAAGAUACUUGGCAGAUCCAGUUGAAGAUCCAACAAUUGAUAAUUUUGAUCUAUUAUCUUGGUGGAAGCUAAACUGUUCCAAGUUCAACGUUCUUUCACAAAUUGCAAGAGAUGUUCUGGCUAUUCCCGUGUCAACAGUAGCUUCUGAGUCAGCCUUUAGCACUGGUGGCCGAAUCUUAGAUCCAUUUAGGAGCUCAUUGAGUCCCAAGACAGUGGAAGAGUUGAUAUGCACUCAAAAUUGGCUUCGAGGUUCUCUUCCUGCUGAAAGCAUAGACCUUGAGAAGAUGGAGGCAUAUGAUAUUGAAGAUUUAGGUGGAUCUUCUUUGGUUGACAAUGGUGAAGCAUUUUCUGGAGAUGUUGGAGCUAGAGGAUGUUGAACAUCAUUGUUUUUUUGCUGCAGCACACAUGGAUGGAUUGUUUUGAUUUUUCUUUUUUUGCUUAUUAAAACUGGAUUAUCUCAAUUAUGGAGAUGCUUUUGUGGCUUACUGGCUUUUAUGCUUUUGCACUUAUCUUCAGUAGUGCUUGUUUUUUUGCUUACUGUUACAAGCAUCUCUGAACUUCUUCUUUGGCUAUUAAUUUAAUCAAAUGUUUUGCAGGCUUAUUUUUGUUUCUCCAUCUAUGAUUUAUGUAUUCAGAAUGCUUCUUUGAUUAGUUCAACUAUAAGUUUUGAU